CAAAGUGCUUGAACAAACGCACAAAAACUUUUUCAAGGCCCUUGCAAAUAAAAUAUUGUUUUUCUCUUUUGUUUGCAUCGACUAAAGUCGAUCUUCGUAGCUAUAUUUCAGAGUCUUUGAAUUUGUUUUUGUGGAUUAUAUGCAUAGGAAAUCAUAUUUGUUCUGAAAAGGUUUUGUCAUUUAUAGGAUCUUGCUACACUAGUCUUUCUCUCUUUGCAAGGAGGAAUAAAAAAUUGGAAGAUCUUUGAUCUACAGUAGAUUUGGAAUUGUGAAAUGGGGUGUGGAGAUAACUGUGAAUAAACUAUAUGGGCAACGGGUCCAGGUUUAACUUCAAGCACAUGCCGGUCACUAAUGUCAGCAUUGUUUAUAUAUUGAUCCCAUCAAUGCAGAAAAACUAAUUGGGAGGUAUUGAGGAAGUUUGAGAAAAUGGGUAGGGCUCCUUGCUGUUCUAAAGAUGCGGGUCUAAAUCGUGGGGCAUGGACUGCAGAAGAGGACUCCAUUCUAACUCAGUACAUCUCAAUUCAUGGUGAUGGUGGAUGGAAAUACCUCCCACCGAAAGCAGGUCUGAAGAGAUGUGGAAAGAGUUGUAGAUUGCGAUGGUUGAAUUAUCUUCGUCCAGAUAUCAAGAGGGGAAACAUCUCAGCCGAUGAAGAGGAGCUCAUUAUCAGAAUGCACAAACUGCUUGGGAACAGAUGGUCACUGAUAGCAGGAAGACUGCCUGGCCGAACAGACAACGAGAUCAAGAACUACUGGAACACCAAAUUGGUGAAAAAGCUGGAAAUCAGAGAAAGUGCUGAGGAAGCAAAAGAAACUAGUACAACUUCGAAAUCUCCCUCUGCCAAUUCAGAGGAUCAGCGUAUCUUCCGAACAGUGGCAGUCAGAACUACUGCAGUGAGAAUAGCAAAUGACCCCUACAAAGAGGUUGCCAACUGUACUUCAAAACAACAUCAAGAAAUCAAGUUGCAAAAGGAGGGUUCACAAAAUGUUGAUGGUUCAGAACCAUGGUCUCAAUCUUUUGUGGAUGACUUGAUCGCAGGUAGUGAUUUUGAUCUUGUUGAGUAUACUUCAGCUCAAAACACCAUGGAAUCUGAAAGCUCCUCCAUGGAAUUUAUUGGGCAACGUUGCUCCACAUCUUUGCCAAUAAAUGCAAUAAGUGAAGUCAAUACAUGCAAAAGUGCAUCAUAUUUGAGGGAGAUGAGUUCUCCUGAGGACAAUCUGCCCUGCUCUCAGUAUGAUUUCUCAAAGCCCAUUGGUGGCAAGGAACAAAUUUGUUCUCUCCAGACUAGUACCCAUCAAAUUGAUAGUGUUGAAACCUUCAAGGAGCAAGGAAUUAUUGAAAUGUUUGAUGACAUUGGUACAGAUGAUUGGAUCAAUGAAUUACAACAUUUUAGGAUGACAAGCCUCUUCCAGGAGGAGGAAAAUUGGGUGGAAAGAAAUGGAUACCCUGAUUGUAUGCAGUUUUCAUAGAAGAGAGCUUGGUGGCUCAGCUAUAUUGGUCUAAACUGUAUUAACCUAUUAAGUAUUGUACGUGAUGUUAAUAAGCCAUAAACCCUGUCUCAGGCCGAAA